GAGAUUUAACUCCGACCUCUAUCAACAUGCAGGUGCUCCUUAUUGCCUCAUUCGUCGGCUUCGCCGCAGCAGCCUUCCUUCCAAACUACGAGUCCAACCGGCCGCAAGCUGGCUUAGAGAAGAACGCACGUAUCAUCGCUCUGGACUCUGAAGUUAAGGAGGACUCCUACCGGUGGAACUAUGAGACCGAGAAUGGCAUCAAGGCUGAGGAGCAGGGCCGUGAGGCCGAUGGUAUCGAAGCGCAAGGAGGCUUCCAGUACACCGGUGACGACGGCCAGGUCUACUCCGUGAGCUAUACCGCCAACCAGGGUGGUUUCCAGCCCCAGGGCGCACACUUCCCCACCCCUCCCCCUACUCCUGAGGCCAUCCUGAAGGCUCUGGAACAAAACGCCCGUGAUGAGGCCGCUGGCAUCAUUGACGAUGGUCAGUACAACCCAGCCAAAUACGGAGGUUCAUCCGGCGCCGCUGCCUUCACUCAAAACUACAACGCUCGCGCGCAAGCUGGCUUCAGACGAUUCUAGAUAUAAAAACCAAACCCCCGCGCUUAGAUAGUACGUGGUAAUGAGCACAGUCCAGUGUAAUACGACUAAAUUGAAUAGGUCGGAUGAGAUACUAAAAGACGUAGAAAAAGGCAAUUGCUGUCUUUUUCAAAUUGGUUGUCCUUCACAUAAUGCUAUUAAGUAUUAUAGUUCCCAUCCCUGACCCAUCCAAGGUUCCCAUCCCACCAUCCUUCUAUCCCACCUACGUCCUAAUCCCAUUAGAGGCUGGAAAAACAUUCGGAAUUGUGGAUGUUUUAGGUGUUCCUUUAUCGCUAAAUAGGCGAUUCAAGUCCCUUCCCUUCCUGAAUACUUCCGAAUCUUAAUAGUCUUAUAUUCAAACGUCUGUAUUAAAUAAAAUAUCAAACAUUUUAUAGUUCAAUUUUUGAUCUUUUGUUUAUUAUGGACAGUUUAAAUUCUUCUUAGUUUAAACUCUAAAUGUAAGAUUGGUAAUAUUUAGUCGUUAUCUGUGAAAUGUACUCACAUACCACUUACUAUCUCAAAGUGAACGAGGCUCGCGAAUUAAGUGAUAUUAUAUCAAUAAUAAUAACUGAAAUGUGAUAGAAAAUACUCUAAUAUUGUAGUCAUUGAUCCAAUGAUCCAAACGCGAUUUAUUUAUUCUAUGAAUAAAAUUAAAUUCUUUUGUAAA